AUGAAGUUCAAAGGAAAAUCUGUUUCAGUCACAGAGGAUUUGAUCCGCCGGCGCGCCGAGCACAAUGAGUGUGAGAUCUUCUCCCUGGAGGAAGUUUCUCUGCAUCAGCAGGACAUCGAGAGGAUCGAACACCUCGACAGGUGGUGCAGGGAGCUGAGGAUCCUCUACCUGCAGAACAACCUCAUCCCCAGGAUCGAAAAUGUUGGCCGACUGAAGAAGCUGGAGUACUUGAAUCUGGCCUUGAACAACAUUGAAGUCAUUGAAAACCUUGAAGGCUGUGAGAGCCUGCAAAAACUGGACCUGACGGUGAACUUCGUGGGCCGCCUGAGCAGCGUGGAGUCCCUGAGACACAACAUCCACCUCCAAGAGCUGUUUCUGGUGGGGAAUCCCUGCACGCAGUUCGAGGGCUACAGGCAGUUUGUGGUGGCUACAUUGCCUCAGCUCAAGAGUCUGGACGGGACGGAAAUCAGCCGGUCAGAACGGAUCCGAGCCUCGCAGGGUCUGGAGGAGGCAAGGAGGCGCGUCGCUGAGCAGGAGCAGGAAUACCUGAGGAGGAGAGCUGAGGAGAAAGAGGAGGCGAGGAGGAAGGAAGCAGGAGUUGAGGAGGAAAAGAAGGAGAGGAAACCAGGCUUUGACGGCCGCUGGUACACCGACAUCAACAACACAGUCAGUCCAGAGUCAGAGGACAAUAAGGAGAACCAGGAGUUGAACGAGAACCCAAAGAACCCGGAGGAGGAUGAGGAGCAAAGGGAGCAUGAGUUCUGGCACACACCGUGCAGCUUCACCCCCGAAUCUCGUUUGGAGGCUCACCGGCACAUGGAGGAGAAGAGGCGGGCCAAGGAGAAGGGGAAGGAGAAGAAGCCGAAGGCCCCGAGGACGCUGAUCACUGCUGACGGACGAGUCUUGAAUAUCAAUGAGCCCAAGCUGGAUUUCUCUCUAACAGAAGAUGAAGAAAACAACACGAUUAUCUUGGACCUGGAAGUUUACAGACACAUGGACACCUCUUUGAUCGAUGUGGACGUUCAGCCGCUGUACGCCAGAGUCAGCGUCAAGGGAAAGAUAUUUCAGGUGGUUCUGCCGGCCGAAGUGAAGCCCGACAGCUCGACGGCUCAGAGGUCCCAAACCACCGGACACCUCCUCCUGACAAUGCCCAGGGCUGAAGGUGAAAUCAAAGUGACGAAGACCAUCCCACGUCCACCCAGAGUGCGUCAGAACAGACGCAGCGGCGGCUUAUCGGAGGAUAAUCAAAGGAAAAAUAACGUUCCUGAGAGGCUGGAAGUCGACCCGAGCAAGCGCAUAGCCGUCGACCUCGCCAACAUCGUGCCAUGCCAGAGCGCCAAAGAAGGGCCGAUGGAAGCAUCCAGACCGGCUCCACCACCCGCUGAGGAUCACUUCUCUGAAGGGUUCGUGGACGACCCCGAUGUCCCCCCACUCAUAUAAGAGUACAAGGAUGAGCUUAUAUAACACUCAGACUGUAUGAUAGAAACAAAGAGAUGAUAUAUUUCCUUUAAACGGACCUUUACAUUUCCUCUGACCUGCAGCGACUAAACAGAUGUGUGCAAAUGAACCACUGCAGAUUUCCUGAUGUGUAUGGUUCAGUCUGCAAACCUGAUGUCUCAGCAUUUAAUAAAUGUCCUUACCACCAGCCUUAAACACAUAUU